AUGGUGGUCGAUUCAGAGGAGACUAGGGAAGGUUAUUACCUUGGACCUGAGAGAAUUGGAGAAGAUAUACCACAACCACCAAAUUCUAAUGAUCCAUAUGCUAACAUAAGAAAUGAUUAUCCGAUGGACGGAGCCAGCUAUCUAACAGGAAUAACGUUAAUAAUAACAGGUUUAGUAAACCUGAUUCGAGGCAACAAAUAUAAAUGGUUAUCAAUAUUUCUUGCUUCAUUCCAUGGAAUAUGUAUGCAUAUUGAUAUUGAACAAAUCAUUUACAAAUGA